UAAAAACACCCUUCUAGCCUCCUAUAUUAUGUACAAAAGUUGCUUAUUUUUUAUUGUCGUUUCCUCAACUGUUUUUCUAAAUUAUUAAAUCAAUUGAUAAAUUGAAUCCCUUGUACUACUAUAUAAAUAGAGCUGAAUUGAAGCACCAAAAUCCUCCUUCCCUUUCUCUUUCAACUCUAAAUAUCUAAAAACAAUAAAAAUUUUGUGUGGUAUUAUUAUUAAUCUUAGUUUAAGUUGAUAUUAUAAAUUAUGGGGAGACAUGAAGAUGAAAUUCCUACAAAUCCAAAUUUAUACCCAGAAGAAUUACAGCUUAAAUUAUAUCAAGCAUUUAUAUUUUCAAUACCAAUAUUAUUUGCCAUCAUUUUAUUUCUUUUAUUUUAUCUCUUUUAUCUCAAGAGAAGAGCCAACAAUAAUAUGUCAACACAUCCAAGAUUACAGCAAUCUGUUCAUCAUCACUCUGUCUCUUUCCUUUCCCCUCCAUGGAGUAUAGGGAUCAAAGGAGAAAUAAAGGACAAGUUACAAGUAAUCCAGUUUGAUGAAGAAUUAAGAUCAAAAGAUUCACUAUGUUGUGUUUGCUUGGGAGAGUUUGAGUUGAAGGAGGAGCUAAGACAACUGCCAUUGUGCAAACACGUGUUCCAUGGCGAUUGCAUCCGCCUCUGGCUCCGAACCAACGCUACGUGUCCACUCUGCAGGUGCCAUGUCAUGCCUGCCCUAAAGACGGGCCGGCCUGUUGGGCUUGGUCCAGACCUUGUAAACCUAGGAAAUGGUAACCCUAUCUCACAACUUGAGUUAGAAAACGUUGGAAGUGGUAGUACCUCAGAAGUGCACAACUCAACAAGAACGGAAGAGCAUGUAAUUGAAAUUGCUGAUGAGUUACCUUCAAGUAGCAACAACGCUUCAUAAAAUACCUUUAAAUAUAAUUCUAAUUUAAACCAAGUAACAUUCCAAUAAAUUAAAUCCGUCGUCCAAGUUUAUGUUAGGAGGUAUGAAAAAAUCCAAUUCUAAAUAUUGUACAUGUGGUAGUACCUAGGAUAGUUGUGAUGAUACGUGAGACGACUAUGGAGUAUAGUGUACAUGUUUGUGCUGGCGUAUAACCUCGACGACCAGCGUUGUGGUGGUGCAUCUAUCACGCCGGGUGUCAUGUACAAAAUUUGAUUCUCUAGAGAGAAGGAACUUAUAUUGCUCUGGGUGUUGGUCUAUAAGUUAAGGGGGAAAAGCUAAGGUUGCCCCAAAAUUUUGUAGCUUAGGAUGAAUAUGAAUUGAAUAAAACUUGUAGCUUAUAUAUUUAGUAA